CUAAUCCGAACAUCUAUUUUUUAUGUGUACAUAGUGACAGAAGAGAGUAGCGGUAGAGCGCCCUUAUUAUAAAGGCAAUAAUAGCAAGGCGCGGCACACCGCUGGAAAUAAAUAAAUACAAACCUUUAAGGAAUACCGCUUUACUGGAAUAACCUGGAGAGUGCAUUAUUUAUCCCGGAGACGGGGAGAAACGCCUGAAGCAGCGCGUUCAUCCACAUUGUAGACGCACACAAAACCAGGUUCAAAAUGUCUGCCCCAGCCGGUGCCCCUGCCCCAGAAGGAGGUAACCAGCCUCCCCCUAACCUCACCAGCAACCGUCGCUUACAGCAGACACAGGCUCAGGUGGAUGAGGUGGUGGACAUUAUGCGUGUGAACGUAGACAAGGUUCUGGAGAGGGACCAGAAGCUGUCAGAACUGGAUGAUCGGGCUGAUGCCCUGCAGGCUGGAGCCUCACAAUUUGAGACCAGUGCCGCCAAGCUCAAGAAUAAAUACUGGUGGAAGAAUGCCAAGAUGAUGAUUAUCCUGGGGGUGAUAUGCGCGAUUGUCCUCAUUAUAAUCAUUGUGUACUUCAGCACCUAAAGCGUGACGUUCCUACCCCACUCUGAGCUCAUGAAUGCCCAAUUCCAAGCCACAGAAAAAUCCCUCCCAAAAAAGAUGAGAAAAACGACUUCUCACAACAAUCGAUUUAUUUGCCCUCAAAGAGUCUAAAUCCGGCCCUUCCCGAGCCCCCUUGCCCCCUGCCUCCUCUGCCUCACAGCUGGGCCCGUCACUCCUCGUUCAUCCUGUCCGUGAGUGUGUGGCCAUGUCUCCUCUGUAAAUACCUCCGGCUUUUCGGAAAUACUGUUCAUACUCCAAACUCCUGAUUACUUGUGACAACCGAUAAAAAAUAAAUCACAACCCUUAGAAUACGAUAAGAUUAUACAGUAUAUAUUCCAAAUGUUCUUUGUAGUUUUAUUCUGAUAUAAUGGUUUUUGUAGUUUGUGUGUGAGUGUGCAUUUGUAUAUUUUUUUUAAGUUUUGAAAGAUUUAUUUUGCUUCAGGUUUAAACUACUGCCUGGGUGUUAAUCUGGGUGUUUGUAUCUUGCAUGCUCUAUUUCACUCUUUCUUGCUCACUGAGUAUUGGUGUAUUUUUGCACAAGCGAUAGACUCCCUUAACUGAGGUACUAAAUCAAUAUCCCCAAUUUGUUCUUUGUCACAUGCACUCUAUCUCAGUCCUACACAUUGCCCCCUCAACCCCCUUUGACUUUCUUUCUUUCUUUCUUUCUCUCUCUCUCACCAACAGUACUUACUCUUAGUGAACUGCCACAACAGACUGGACCAAUGACUGUAGAUGUUUAUCUUAAUUUAAUGUCUUUAGUGUCUUAUCUCUUAAACAUUCCUUAAUAGCAGUGUAGAAUUAUGCUGUCUAUCAAACAAAGUAAGUGUAUUUAUCUUAAAGAAUUCCAAAAUAGGUCUUAAACAACCUCGAGUACUUGUAACGCAG